AUGAAAACGGACGCAGAAUUCCAAGACUCCAUCGGUAUACUGACCGACAGCAGAGGAAUACCAGUAGAACUGCGAGACACCAACACAAUCAACACAGACCUUCUCUCUAACAGGUUUUACCUUGACAGCAUCGUUCACUUUGACAGGGAGCGAAUACCAGAACGAGUAGUCCAUGCAAAGGGUGCUGGUGCUUUCGGCUACUUUGAAGUUACCCACAAUGUCUCUAAAUAUACUAAAGCAGAUGUAUUCAACGAGAUUGGAAAGAAGACUCCACUUCUCGCGAGAUUUUCUUCCCUAAUUCAAAAUCUCGGAGGCUCAGACCUCGCCAGAGAAACGAGGGGUUUCGCUGUAAAAAUGUACACUAAAGAAGGAAACUUAGAUCUGCUUGGAGCGAAUAUUCCAGUGUUCUUUUUCAGAGAUGCUCUCCUAUUUCCUUCUUUUGUCCAUAGUUUUAAGAGAAACCCUCGAACAAAUCUUAUUGACAACAAUAUGCGCUGGGAUUUCCUUUCGCUUAGGCCAGAAUCAAUACAUGCCUUUUUGUGGCUUCUGUCUGAUUACGGAAUACCAAACGGAUACCGACAUAUGAACGGCUACCCAACACAUACUUACGUUCUCAAUAACAAGCACGGCGAAAAUUAUUAUGUUAGAUUUAACUUCAGCACAGAACAAGGGAUUGAACAUUUGUCCAGUGAAGAUGCAAAGGAAAUACAAGGGCGUGAUCUUGACUAUUUUAGAAGAGAUCUUUACAAUUCCAUUGAAAAUAAGAAGUAUCCAGCGUGGACAUUACAAAUGGAUGUAAUGACAAGGGACGAUAUAAAACAUGCCAGUUUCAAUCCGUUCGACGUCACACGACAAUGGCCAAAAUGGAGCUAUCACUCAGUUCCUAUAGGUCGGAUGGUGUUGAAUAAGAACCCAGAAAACUUCUUCAAAUCAAUAGAGCAGGUGGCAUUCGAUCCUUUCAGUACAGUCCCUGGAAUUCCUGGGCCUCAAGACCAACUGUUCAGAGGCCGCCAUUUAUUUUAUCGUGACACAGCCAACUAUAGAUUAGGGAUUAACCACGAUAAAAUAGACGUGAACUGUCCUAAAUAUGCUAAAACAUACGUAAGAGAUGGUGUAGCACCGGUUAAUGAGAAUAUGGAUGACGCUCCAAACUAUUUUCCUAAUUCGUACAACGGUCCAAUGCCUUACAUUGACAAAGAUAGAUCAAGUGAAAGGUUACUUGAGUACGAGAGCAGUGCUGCUGAUUUUCAACCAGCUGCAAAAUUCUACAAUCAUUACGUGGCAGACGAAGGACACAGGCAACGCUUAGCGAAGAAUGCAGCAGAGACAUUAGCGACAGUGACCCCUCCAGUACUGAAACGAGUAUUGAAGCUGUUAACGCUAAUCGAUAUUGACUUAGGAAAACGAGUGACUAUGGCUUUGCCUGAAGCGAGAUUUGAGAAUGCAAAACAUAGGUAAA